AAUACGAAACCACAACAAAAUCAACCUUAUAUUAGCAUUAUUGAGAAGAAAAUGUUGAAAACACUUGGCAAAUCGGAUGCACUGCAGCAAAAUCUGCUCUGGGAGGAUAAACAGGUCAAGUUCGAUAGUCCACAGAUACACACACGACUUCGCAACGGCGAAAAGAUAUUGGAUACCAUUCAUCAUAUUGAAGAUAGCAAGGGGAAUCCAGGGGAUACGGGUAAACUGUUGGUCACCAACCUACGCAUCAUUUGGCAUUCCCUCGUCCACAAGAAGUUCAAUUUGUGCAAGUUUCCGUAUUGGCUGCCUUUCAAGUAGAUCUCCUUUCAAUGUCAACCUCUGUUUCCAGCUAUUGGCUAUGCAAGGAUUGGGAGCACCAAUACGCGGCUGAUGCACAUGCACACCAAGGGACGUAUUCCGAGCCAAGCUCUGUAUAUUCUGGCCAUUAGCAGUGAGACCAAAUUUGAGUUUCUCUUUACGGAUGUCUCCGGCGACACGGCACGACGUGAGCAGCCCAUCUUCGCCAGCGUCUUUGAUGUGCAUCUUUUAUAUCAACGAACAUUUCUGUAUCGGGAUCUGAAGCUGCGCGGUGCCAUUGUCCAGGCGGGUCAGCUGAUUAUAUUGCCGGAUGAGCAGGUGUACACUCAGGUGCAGGGUGUAUGGAAUCUCUCAAGCGAUCAGGGCAAUCUCGGCAGCUUUGUGGUGACCAACGUGCGUCUCGUUUGGUAUGCCGAUGCCAAUGAAUCGUUCAACAUUAGUCUGCCCUAUUUGCAGAUUGAAAGCGUACGUAUUCGCGAGUCCAAGUAUGGCCCUGCUCUGGUAAUCGAGACCGCUGAGACUGGCGGCGCCUAUGUGCUUGGCUUUCGCAUUGAUCCCGUCGAGCGUCUGACCGAUCUCUUCAAGGAGCUCUGCUCCCUGCACACCAUCUACACGGAUCAACCGAAUUUUGGGGUCAACUAUGAUCCGCAAGAUGCACGCCAGCGUCUCGCCGCCGCCGCCGAGGAAGCCGCUCAGGCGACACAUUUUAAAAUUGAGGAUUACGAGGAGCUGGACGAGCGACAGGAGCGGGAAAUCAAUACUAAGUUAAACAGUUAUCUCGCCGAUGGCUGCCUUGGCGUCUUGUCCACCAAGCAAACCACCCAAGAUCCCAUUUAUAGCAAGGAGCUUGGCUUUGCCAUGGAACGCAUACCGGACGGAUACAAGCUACAGGAUCUAUGGAAUGUCCUGCCCACCAAAAUGGCAACAUAUGAUGAGUAAUCUAAAUAAAUAUAAAUAUAUAGUAUUAAAUAUCAAAGAUCGUAACUAUGA